ACAACAUGACUUUUGCUCUGAUCAAGCCUGAUGCGUUUCACAAAAAGCAAGAAAUCAUCCAACUCGUCAAAUCGUCAGGCUUCUCCAUCAAGCAGGAGCGUGAGCUGGUACUUUCACACGACCAAGCUCAGACGCUAUUCAAGGGCGAGUCUCAGGACAGCCUGCGUUGGCUGACAAGAGAAAGGGGCUGAAAUCUAACCUUUUUGAAUCACGAACAAAAGUGCACCUGUGUAUGCGAUGGUCUUGCAAAAGGACUCUGGUGAUACCGUCCAAGCAUGGCACAAGUUGAUGGGUCCUGAUGAUGUCAAGAAAGCCAAGGCAUCCGACCCGAAAAGCAUUCGGGCGCUGUAUGGCAGCGAUACCCAACCUUCUUUCCACAAUGCUGCACAUGGAAGUGAUUCCGUAGCACAAGCUGAACAGGCGAUUCACCUAGUCUUUGUCACACAAAAGAACAAUGGCACCGAUGAUGUCCCUAGGAACGGAACCGCUGCUCCGAAGUCAGACGAGAAGAGCAACAAGUCGCAAAAUGGCGGCAGUAGCCAGACAGCACCUCUUGCUGCUGUGGAAGCCGCCGUCGCAAACAAACCUGACUCUGGCAAAAAAGAAGAGGCCGAUAAUAAAUCAGCAGAUCCUGUCAAGAAAGACGAACCAGAGGCAGCAAAGGCGCCGGAAGCCAAGGCACAAGCUGCACCUCCAAACGAUGGAAAGAAAGACGACGCUAAGCCUGCAGCUGCCCCUGCUCCUGCUAUCCCAGCAACGACCGACUCCAAGGCUGCCGAUACUGCUGCGACUAUCAAAAAAGAUGAGAAAAAGACGGAGCCGUCGUCGACAGCAGAAAGCAACAAGAAGGAUACUCCAACAACAACAGCGCCCGCAGUAGAAUCACCAGUCAAAAAGGAAGAUAGCAACAAGUCUGCUACCGAUGUCAAGACUCUAGCAGCAGACACCAAGAAGGAUGAUAACGACAAGUCAGCAGCAGCAGCAGCAGUAGUUGACACAAAGAAAGAUGAAAAGCCUGUUGCCGUCGAAACAAAACUACCGGCAGUUGAUGCAAAGAAAAACGGUACAGCUGAGGCCAAGAAGGACGAAAAACCUGUAGAGGAUGCCAAACCAGCAGCUAUCGAUGCGAAGAAGGCCCAAACAAAGGAUACGCCAGCAGUCGACGCAAAGAAAGAUGCCAAACCAUCCGUCGACAUGAAGAAAGACGACAAGCCAGCUACAGACGCCAAGUCGGCCGUCGAUGCAAAGAAGGACGAUAAGCCAAUUACAGAUGUUAAGCCUGCAGUUGAUGCAAAGAAAGAUGACAAGGCGCCAGUCGAGGCUAAACCGGUAACCGAGUUCAAGAAGGGCGACAAACCUGCGAGCGAAAUUAAGUUGGGAGCUGAUACGAAGAAAGAUGGUCCAGGGGACAAACCAGCAUCUGACGUAAAGAAAGACGAUAAGCCUGCCGUAGCAGAAAUAGUGAAGAAGGAUAAAGCUAGCGAAAAGCCAACAGCCGAUGUCAAGCAAGCUGUCGAGGCAAAGCAGGAUGAAAAGAAGCCGGUGGAAAAUGCCAAGCCAGCUGCGGCAGCUACUGAGAUCAAAAAGGACGACAAGCAGUCAGUGGCUGAUGGCAGCAAGCUAGCACAAGAUGCAAAGAAGGAUGUUGUCGCUGAAAAAUCACCUGUUGCCGAAGCCAAACCAGCUGAAUCCAAAGACGGUGACAAAUCAGCAGCAGCAGCCGUUGAUACAAAGAAGAUGGCUCCUACACAGCCAGCAGCGACGGAAGUCGAAAAGGACUCGAAUGUCAAGCCAACACCUGUCGAUCCCAAAAAGAAUGAUAUCAAGACAGCAGUCGAUUCGACCAAGAUCGGGCAAGGUGCAAAGGCAGCGACACCAGAGCAAGCAGCACCAGUCAAACCAGCAGCUGAUGCACCAAAAGCAGCAGCUACGACGACGGACAACAAGAAGGAAUAUACCACGGCCGCCGCCGCCGCCACUGCUCCAGUCAAGCCAGAUGCUGCCAGCACAAGCCAAGACACCAAGUCAGCCACGUCAACACCGCCACCUUCUAAUGGUAACAACCGGCAAAUCGGCAGUGUCAAGGCAGCGCUUGCAAAGUUCAACAACGGCAACAACGUCUUUGCCGGUGAUAACAAGCCUCCAGUAAAGACACUCUCGUCAGACAAGGCUGCAUUCUGGAAAAAUAGGGACAAUAAUGCUGCUGCUGCUGAUAACAAAGCUAGCAGCAACGAGAAGCCGCCAUGGGUCAAGCGUGCUGAAGAGAUGAACAGCAAGAAGAACGAUGCAGCAGCCAGCAAGCUUCCUCCUCCUUCGACGCCUGCUACUCCUGAAAAGAAAAAGGACGAACCCGAAGUCAUGGACACCAAGAAGGCAACCGAAGACGAUACGGCAGUUGAGGAGAAGAAACAACCAGAGUCUGCUGCUACUCUUGUUGAAACACAAAAGACUGCUGACGAGAAGGUUGCUGAAGACAAGAAUAAGGCCACUGCAGAGGAAUCUAAACCAGCGGAAGACAAAAAGCCUUUGGAGGAAAAGAAGACUGCUGAACAGACGACGACGAAGAAGCACGCACUACCACCACCAUCCGAAAAGCAGAAGCCAGCGCUUGACAAGGAGAAGGUCAGGACAGGAUCUAAGCUUCCCAGUCCAAAGCAGCCAUUGUCACCCAAGGAAAAGAUUGCCAAGCAGCCAUCGCCCAAGUCCAGCGCUGUGAAGGAUGUAAGCAAGAAGGCUUCUCCCACAGCAGCCAACAAGGUUACGCCUUCCCACGUCAAGAAACCUGUUGCUGAACCGAUCAAGAAGCAGAAACCUACUACUGCUGUGGAACACCAAACACGGUCACGCGUACCCCGCGUGGCGGCACUAGGCACUACCAAGAAACAACAGCCUGCAGCAGCAGCUGUAGAAGAGGCCCCGAAACCAAAGAAAAAGGUCGCCGGAACACCCCGACGCAGUAACAUGUUGGCGCGUUUGACUGCGCCUACUGCAUCCAGCGCUCGCAAGAACGUCACCUCGGCAACAGCAACAACUGCGGACCCGCCUGCGACGACUGCAGUUGGAGCCAAGCGUGAGUCUCGAACAGCUACGAUUGCCAUCAAAACAGCUCGUUCCCGCAUUGUCAAGUCAGCAGGAGACCAGCAGCAGCAGCAGUCAGUACACCCUCAAAAGGUGAACUCCAAGGAAGUCGAUCGGCUCCAGGUGUCGAACAACAGCCACCAUGCUGCUCCUCCACCGCCGCAGCCUCAAGGAACGACGCAGAGCAACAACAUAGACAGCAGCAAGCCUGCUGUUGCUACUGCUCAGCAGCAGUAAGGGCAUAUAUCUAAUCUACCAGUCCAGGACUGUGACAAGCGAGGGGAGCGUGUUAUUAGCCAUAGACCUCCCCAGCACUCUUAUACCACCCAUUUCUCUUCUAAUCCCAUUUAUUUUUGUUGCUGGAAUAUACACA